AUGAAGAAGACUGAUCCUACAAAGCCUACAACGCCAGCCAUACACCGCACACCCAUCGCCACGUAUUUACAGCCAAAGCAACAGGUGCAUUGGAUAUUACUACCAUUGAACCACAAACCUCAAUGGCCUGUCGAAUUCACAAAGAAGUAUGAUGGUACACUUCCGAUAAAGAGACAGGUUUCACACUUGCGAUGUUGA